CACCCGCACCUCUGUGCUCUGGGAACCGCGCCCCCAGCCGUCCCUAGCAGCAGAGCACCUGGUGCUCAGGGUCCUGUCGGGCAAUGUCGUCCGCAUUUGGCCCUUGCAGGAGGCGUUGCGGGAUGCGGGCGUCCGGGACGCCAGCUUCCUCCCCGCUGCCGCUCCCCAACCCCCGCCCAUCGUCCUCUGGGCUCUGAAAACCCAAGGCUUCCCAGAACAGUUUAGGAUCAGCCGCAGGACUACAGUCAGCCGGCGGCGUGGAUCGUUCAGGAAAGGACAGCCUCUCUCGGCGCGCUCCAGCCUCCCUGGGAAGCUCAGACGCUCAGCAAGCCCAGGGCAGCUAGAGGAGCAGCGGAGCCUUGGGGUUGAGCUAGGGGAAGGCAAGGGCGUGUGAGUGUGUGUGAUAGACUGUGGGGGUGGCUGUCUCGAUCUGAGCAAAGGAGAGGGCAGGGGAUUGAGGCAGAACCCUCUGGGUGUCCCCGCCUGCUCCUGCUCCCCGGCGCCCUUCAUCAUGGACUUGCUCGGAGUUGGGGUGGACCACAGCAGCGGCCAGGAGCUGGCUGUCGGGCCCCGGGAUUCGGCAGGUACGCACACUUGGAUGGCGAGAUAGGAUGGCCGCGCAGCGCGAUCCUCGCCGUCCCCACGCAGCGGUCCCCGGGAGGUGCCGCUGACUCUCGAAGCGCACAGGGGUGUGGGCGGAGGCCGCCCAGCCGCGCCCGCACCUUCCCCAGUCCUUUCGCCGCUUCCACCCACUCGCACCUGCCGCUGCGCGGAUACCAUGUCGAAGGCGGCUGGAGGAGCGGCGCCGGCGGCGGAAAGUUGUCCCUCGGCUCCGGCCGGCGUGUCGACACCCGCGGGCGUGGAGGAUCUGUCUAAAGUGACGGACGAAGAACUGCUGCAGUGGAGCAAGGAGGAUCUGAUCCGCAGCCUGCGGCGCGCCGAAGCUGAAAAGGUGAGCGCGAUGCUGGACCACAGCAACCUCAUUCGCGAGGUCAACCGCCGCCUGCAGCUGCAUCUAGGCGAGAUCCGAGGGCUUAAGGAUAUUAACCAGAAACUCCAGGAAGACAACCAGGAACUGAGGGACCUAUGCUGUUUCCUGGACGAUGAUCGGCAGAAAGGCAAAAGGGUAUCCCGGGAGUGGCAGAGAUUGGGUCGCUAUACAGCUGGAGUGAUGCACAAGGAAGUGGCCUUAUACUUGCAGAAGUUGAAGGAGCUGGAGGUGAAGCAGGAGGAGGUCGUGAAGGAGAACAUGGAACUUAAGGAACUCUGUGUGCUGCUGGACGAGGAGAAGGGCACUGGAUGUGCUGGCAGUCGCUGCUCCAUCGACAGCCAGGCCAGCCUGUGCCAGCUGGUGGCCUCUGCUGCCCCCUAUGUACGGGACGUGGGUGAUGGCAGCAGCACUUCCAGCACCGGCAGCACUGACAGUCCAGACCACCACAAACAUCAUGCCAGUGGGGGCAGUCCUGAACAUUUACAGAAGCCCCGAAGCGAGGGCAGCCCAGAGCACAACAAACACAGGAGCACCAGCCCUGAACAUCUGCACAAACCCAGGGCUUCUGGGACCCCAGAUCAUCCCAAAGCACUGAAAGGACCCAGCCCUGAGCACCACAAGCCCUUGUGCAAGGGCAGUCCGGAGCAGCAGAGGCACCCGCAUCCAGGAAGCAGCCCCGAAAUGCUGCCCAAGCACAAGUUGAGUGGGAGCCCUGAGCAUUUCCAGAAGCACAGGCCAGGAGGUAGCCCAGAGCAUGCCAGGCACAGUGGAGGGAGCCCUGAGCAUCUUCAGAAGCAUGCCCUUGGUGGGAGCCUGGAGCACCUCCCCAGAGCCAGGGGAACAAGCCCAGAGCAUCUCAAACAACAUUACGGGGGCAGCCCUGACCACAAACAUGCAGGUGGCGGUGGAGGCAGCGGUGGGGGCAGCAGGGAGGGCACCCUCCGGCGGCCUGCUCAAGAGGAUUCAUCACCCCAUCACCGGAAUGUCUACAGUGGCAUGAAUGAAAAGAAAAUGGAAGCCUUUAAAUCUGAAGAAUAUUUACAGCACAAUUUUGCCUGAUGAUACUUUUUUGGCAAGAUGGACUGACAUUCAUCCAGUCUUACACAGGCACUUCUACUAACUGCCAACAUGUUAUGUGUCUGGAGAGGUGUUGACUUCUGGACAGUAAGCAGCAGAAGAGAACAAGACCAUAAGUGAGCAGAUCAGCCAGAUGGCAACACCAACUGCUCUCACAAAGCUGGGCUUUUAAUAACCGAGCUUACUGCAAACAAAACUAAUUAAGCCAGUUCUUCUGAUUAGGAUACUAUAGGCAGAAGUAAAUAAAAAAUAUACUCACAUUCACUUCUAAUAGCUUUUCAAAGGUCAGAUAUCUUGAUUUUUUUUCAUCAUAGCAGUUACUCCACCAGAUUGCACUUGAGAAUUCAAAUUAACUGUAUUCACUAAUUCAACAGCUCUCUCAUGUCUCCCUAGACAGCAAGUGCGAAUUCCUCCUUCUACCAAAACUGAAUAAUUAAACCCUGAAAGGAGAGCUGUUUGUCAUACUGGUAGGUAAUGGGUUGGUUGAGAUUUAGUGGGAAAAGAAGGUAAGAGUCAACCUACGACAAGGGGGAGAUUGAAAAAAGAAGACAAAGACAGUCUAGAGAUACCACCAGUUUGUGAGGGAGAACUUUUAUAAAGAACCUGAAAGAAUCUGUCUGUUGGUUCAUGCACACUGCUCACAGGCUUACACUGAGUGACAGGGUGGGCACAUUUAGUGUUAUAUAGAACCCAGAAUUGCUGUUCCUCUGAAGCUAUGGGAAAAGUAGUUGAACCAGUAAUGCAUAUUUUACACACGGGGAGAGCCUCCUUAGCAUAGUGACUUUCAUGAAAAGUCAUUAUGAACAUCAAGCUUCUCAAAAUUUGUAGGGCACAGACUUGAACUUGUUAAUUUCUGUAGUGUCUCCUCAGCACUUAUACUGAAAACAGUUCCUCAGCCUUUUCUAUCCUAAUACCAUUUACAAUGUAGAUUUCAUGUUUAAUAUCUUCGUAUAUUUAUGUGUGACUACAAAAAGAGUAAGCAUACCAUAAGAAUUAUUGGUCUAAUAUACAAGCACAUCUUUGAAAACAUUUACUGAGACUACAUACAGUCACAUAUACAGUUGAUGAUACCGAUUUAGAAAAGAGUCUGGAUAGCAUUAUUGUGUUAUUGACAAUAGAAUCUAGUUACUUUUAUUUGUCUGAAUGUUUCUGGAAUUUCAUCCCUGAGGUAAAAUAAUAAGUAGAUGCUCACCUUUAAAUUGGCAUAUCUAAGAUUUAUUUAUGUAGCUUUAAAGAAGUGGAAACAUCCCCCUAAUCUCCCUCUUUCUAUACGUUCCAUUUACUUUCAUAAACAAAAUGGCAAGACUUUGCUCUCAAACUCUUUAAAAUGAUGGAAUGUUGAUCAGAGUUUAAAGAAUGUUAUGCACUAACUUAUGGGGAGGGGGUGCCACAUGUGCCCUGUUGCAGUUUAGAUACAGAGUUUACUCUGCUAGUUUCUUGCCAUGGGACCUUUCAUACAAUGGGAAACAUUGUGGGCAUGCAAUGUGGGCAGAAUCAUCUGCCUGCCAUGUGAAAAGCUGGGAGCAGGAAGUUUUACAUUGGUAGACUCAGAAUUUUGUCCUCACAGCUAAAAUUUAGGGAUUUUAUCCGACAACUUUUUGCAUCAUUGAGUAUGAACAAUAAAAUUGAAUGCUCCCAUUUCCUCAAAAAAAGAGCAAUUUGACAUUCAAAAAUAAAUGCACAUACAUUUAAUAAAAAGUCUAUGUGGUGACACUUUACUGAUAUGUACCUUAAAUUUGUUCGUUUUGGAGUAAAGUGUUCUGAUUCAACAAUGCUAUCACUGUGUAUUUUCUAGUAUAGUAUCUGUUUGGGAUAUUUGUUUUCAUCCCAGUUAUAAAAUAUAGUUUCACAUCAAUAAACAGGCAGAGUUGAUGUAAGGAAGCCAGGAGUCACAGCUCAUGCAGUUACUAUGACUUCUUUUAUUUCCUCUCACUGGGGCAAGAAGGAUGAAGAUUCAUAGCCGAAGAUUGAAAGUAGCUCGAUCUGGGAGCUCCUUUUCCACUCUAUUGCUCCACCUGACAUCUAGGAAUUAUGAAGCUAGGCUUAGUCUCAGCAUGGAGAAUAAGGACAGUUUCUAAAAAGAAUUAUUUGCAAAUGUGGACAAUUCACCAUGUAUGGCGUGGCCUAAAUCCAUUUCCUUUGGGUUUGUCCUCAACUUUGUAAGGGAUCUAGCAGUUCACCCCAUAUGGUGAAUGGAACCUUUCCUCUCAGAAGACCCACAGCAAUGAGUCUGUACAUUAUAGGUGACCAAGGAACUCAAGAUACUCUAGGGAGGUGGUGUGUGCUUAUAUACUUCUAGAGUUUGCUGUUUCUGUUUCUUUGGCUUGGGCAGGUCUCAGAGAGCAUGCACACAUAUGGGCUGGCUACUGUGAAGUGUGCACUCUGUCAAGAUUCUUGCCUUUCUUGCUUCUUCAAGUUGCUUAGUGUGAUAGUAAGCUGGAGGAUAGAGUUAGUACAUCACUUUCUGUUCUUUCACAGACUGGAUUAUAUCAAACUCUGCUGUGCCUGCCUCAUCCAAUGGCAAAGUAUAACCAGGAGAGUAAGCCAUUGGCAAGCUAGGGGUCAAGCCGUGGCCCCUGGCUUUCUUUGUACUUUUUUAUAUUCUGCAUUAGUAGAUGUUACUGUCUGUUUUGGGUACAGUAACAAAAUUCCUGGGAAUGUGUACUUUGUAAAGUAAAGAGGUGCAUUUUGGCUCAUAAAUUUGCAAGUUCAAGAAUGUGAGUCUGGUGUGUGCUUAACUUGUGAUGAAGGCUGUGUUCUAUAUUUUUCCCCAUUGCAUGGCGAAAGUAGAAAUGCAAAAAGCCAAGGAUGAUGCCAGACUAUCUGGACAAUCUUAUCUCAUGACAAAUUCGUCCCUACUAAACACCCUGCUGCCGCCCAGCAUCCUUGUCACACUGACAAGAGAAGCCUCUGACUGAGGUUUGGUAUGAACAAAGCCUAUUCACGCUAUACCACCAGGUUUUGAUCGUCCUCUCCAAGAGUCUUUGGCUGAAGAGGCACAUUAUCCUCUUUCAUUGGCCCUUUAAUAUUGUUCUUUCACAGCUAGAGCUUGAACUUGUUUGGAAUAAAGCCUUCAGUGAAAGUGGGAGAGUAAUAGUAACAGAAGGGAGGGGUGAAAUCUAUAGCAGUCUCAUUAUAGUCAUUCGUUAACUAAUGAGGCAGCCAUGCAUUCUCAGUAAUGUCAGGGAUACUGAAGAUUUAUCACAACACAUUAAAGGCUGAUCAGAGUGUGUCCUGAGAUAAACAACGAAGUCAACUAUACAGAAAUGACAGUAGAGAAAAGCGCCAGCUGGUCAAAGGCUUGUGAGUGUGGGUACUCCAAGGAAGACUGAAUCUACUCAUAUUUCUCUUGUAUGAAUCUCUGCACUGUUCCAUAUGCAGAUGAGAAAUUAAAAAUCCAGAUACACUACUUAUUCCAAAAAUAUUUAUUUUUGUGUUCCAUGUGGGUGAGUAUGAUAGACACUACUAGGCAGAGUAGAAUAGUGAAAGGUCAUAAGUUUUUGGUUCAUCAGACAUGUCCCCAGCUGAAGGAAAGUAGUGAUGAGGAAUAUGUAACAAGAUCCCAAGGGACAGGAGGUUGUUGGGGUUGUGGGAUUUCAUUCUCUGGAACAUGGCUCACAGAAUGCUUGUCAAGUUAAGGUUGGCUACUCAAAAGAGGAAGGAUAUGUGGUUGGUUCUUGAGCAGUCUUUGGGGUUGGAUGACAGGGAUGUGUGAGCUGUCAGAGGUUGAGGAGGUAAAAGUGACUGGCCUUUUCAGGAUCAGCGAGGAGAUUAGUAGGUCUGCUCUUGCUUAGGUUGCAACAGGUUGUUUUAGAUUCUGUGUUGGUGCCCAAUUACACAGGGAAUGAUUCCUAGAUGUUUUGUAAUAGCAACAUUAGUUUAUCACAUAAGGAGUAAUGGAAAAUGUUCUCGUAGUAGCUGCUUUCCCUGUUAAGGUGACCAAAUAUCUAACAAGAAGCAAUUGAAGGAAGCCGUUUAUUAUGGCUAUUAUUAUUUUAAGCUAUAAUAUAGUCAUUAUGGCAGGCAAGGCAUGGAAGCAAACUGCUCUGUGGAGGACACAUGGUGGGGUGGAGUUGACAGCAGCAGCUUGUUCACAUUCCUUCAGCAGAACCAGAAAUAGAGAAAAGGUUGGACUCAGGUUUGGCAUAUAAACAUGAAGACCUGCCCUCCUCCCAUCAAGACCACUCUCUGUAGUAUUCCCCUCCUAGAAGCUAUACAGCUGUGUGAGACAUCACCACCAGCUGGGCUGAGUGUGCAAACAGUUGAGUUGCCAGAACAGUUGUUUCUUCAUUAGACUAGUGCCUUAUUAAUACAAACAAACACUUAUUGAAUUUUAUGACUUAAUUUAAUUCUAAUGGCUUGCACUUUUUUUUUUUUUGGUUUUCUUAAGAGCUCCUGAACUAAAAAGUUUUACAUCAGUACUUGGUUUACCCUGAUUAAAUAAUCCUCUCCCAAUAUUUAUUUUAUUUUCCAAGCCACUGUUACAAUGAAUUAUAGUUCUGCUACUGUUGGGGAGUUACAACCAUAGAGUCACCAACUAAGAGAAUCCAUCAUCUGAUUAAGGCUUCUGAGACAAUACUGAAGAUACUAUAAGGUUUUGGAAAAAUAUGGCUUAGUUAGACAUACUUGGACUGGAAGUGAAAAGCAACUGAUUCUUUACAAUCAUAAAGGUCAAAAAUAACCUAGGGACACUGUCAAUCUGGCUCUUCAGGAAAAAUAGCCUGGGAACGUUGUCAACUCUGGCUUCUCAGGUAUGGUAGUGUCUGUGGCUUCAACACUUCAUUGUUGUUUUCAUUCUCACCACAAUGGUGUGACCUCAUUUUAUUCUGCUGUGUUCCUCUAUCAAGUCUUGGGAGCUUUUCAUAUCUUGUUUACUGUAAAUGUAUAAUUUUGUUGGGCUUGGUGGAGAUGUGUAGGGAGGAGUAGGAUCCUAUAGGACCUGUAGGAGUAAGCCUGUAGGGCAUAUUCUUAAUUAGUGAUUGAUAUGGGAGGGCUCAGUCAAUUAUGGGUGGGGCCACCUCUAGCCUGAUCAUUCUGGCUUCUAUAGGAAAGCAGACUGAGCCAGCCAUGGAGAGCAAGCCAGUAAGCAGCACCCCUUUGCAGCUUCUGCAUCAUAUCCUGUCUCCAGGCUCCUGCCUUGACUUUCUUCAAUGAUGGCUAAGAUGUUGUAUAAGCAAAAUAAAUGCUUCCCUCUCCAACUUGCUUUUGGAUAUAGCAUUAGAUCACAACAAUAGUAACUUAACCAAGGUGCCUUCUGGAGUUGGGGAGAAAACAGUAAAAGUUUCUUCAAAGUUAUCAAGCUUUCUGUUGUCUUUCUAUGUGUACUGAGAUGAAAAUAUUUAGGACUCAGGAAAUAAUAAACUUUUCUUAAAA